UCUUGACGAAUGCCAAACGGAGGUCACCUACGACACCCGGUGCCCCUAUGUGCGAAGAAGCCGGGCACUUUGCUGCAACUUAAGCUUAUCCGUAGGGGCCAUAUACCAUGUCCCAGCUCCAAUCGAAUGCCGCAGAGGACCUGAUCAACGCCAAUGAGAGGUGGGCACGAGACGUAAUCAAACACGAUCCCAAUUUCUUCAAGGACUCUGCUACUUAUCCCCAAAGGCCCAAGGUCCUUUGGAUUGGCUGCUCUGACUCACGAGUGCCGGCCUCUGUCGUCACAGCGUCCAUGCCUGGCGAUAUCUUUACACACACAAACAUCGCAAACCAAUUCCACAGCUUUGACGACAACGCUAACUCCGUCCUAUCCUACGCUGUCGACCCGGUCGGCGUCAAACACGUCGUCCUCGUCGGCCACAGCGUCUGCGGAGGUGCCCAAGCAGCGAUACAGGCUGCUGAAGAAGGGCCCGUCGAGCCCCACAACCCACUCACGCGUUGGUUGGUCCCCCUCAUCCAACUUGUUCGAACCCUCGACCUCCACGGGUUGCCUGAGAAUGAGGCGGUGGACAAGGUCGUUGAAGCCAACGUCCUCAAGCAGGUUGAAAACAUUUGCCUCUCGGAGCCCAUUGUUAGUGCGUGGGCAACCGGGAAUAAUGUCUCUGUGCACGGAUGGGUGUACGAUCUCGCUACGGGACGCAUCAGAGAGCUUGUCGUGCGAUCCCCUCCGCGUGCUAAUUUAUAGAUACGUUGAAGAUGUAACUGAUCAAUAUGUACAACUUUAUAUCACGUUGCUUCCCACAUGUUCA